GGGAUUUACAUAUCACUUUCGGUUUCCAGCAGAGCGCUACAGACUGUUGAGACAAACCGGUAUCUUAGCCAACCGCCCGUUUCAUAAGCGGAAACCCUGCGAAAGUAGCUGCGUUUUUCAAUUUUUUUCCUCUUACGUGUGUAUUCAGAUUUCUCACUGGCUGUAGCUCGAACUCGCCGAACGCUUCAGUUUCUCUGGUUGUUUGUACAAUGAAAGAAAAAGCCUUCUGUUUCUGCUUGACAGUCCUGGUUCUGUGUUUACGCCUGAGCGAAGGCGUUACAAGGACAUACUACAUCGGAAUUCGGGAGGAAAACUGGGAUUAUGCACCUCAAGGAAAAAAUGUGGUUAAGGGCCUCGAUAUCAGCGAAGACAGGGAUGCCACUACAUAUUUGGGGCGUGGCCCACACCGCAUUGGCAGCAUCUACAAAAAGGCUGUGUAUCGGCAAUACACAGAUGAGCAGUUCUCCACCGAGGUCAGAAAACCAGAUUGGCUGGGCUUCCUUGGACCAGUGAUCCGCGCGGAAGUGAAUGAUGAGAUUGUGGUGCAUAUGAAGAACUUUGCAUCUCGGCGUUAUUCACUUCAUCCACACGGAGUGUUCUAUGAAAAAGACUCUGAAGGUGCACUGUAUCCAGAUGGUACAUCUGGUAAGAACAAGAGAGAUGAUGCCGUGGCUCCGGGUGAAAGCUACAAAUACAGGUGGAAGGUGAAAGAAGAAUUUGCCCCCAUGCAAAACGACUCCAAAUGCCUUACCUGGAUCUACCACUCACAUGUAGAUGCACCUAAAGACAUUGCAACUGGCCUUAUUGGUGUGCUGCUAACCUGCAAGAAGGGUGCUCUGGACAGUUAUGGACUUCGUUCUGAUGUAGGUCAUGAGUUUUUCCUUAUGUUUAGCGUGGUGGAUGAAAAUCUUAGUUGGUAUUUUGAUGACAACAUCAGGAACUGCUGCUCUGACACUGACAAUCUGGAUGCAGAUGAGGAGUUUCAUAAAUCCAACCUCCUGCACUCAAUAAAUGGAUUUGUUUACGGGAACUUGCCAGCAUUAAAUGUAUGCGUUGGAAAGACUGUGUCUUGGCAUCUUUUUGGAAUUGGAAAUGAAGUUGACAUUCACUCUGCCUACUUCCAUGGCCAUACUCUACUUGAUCGUGGUCAUCGCACUGAUGUGCUCAGUCUUUUUCCUGCCAGUUUUGUAACUGCAAUAAUGGUUCCCAAGACACCUGGGACGUGGAUGCUUAGUUGCCAGGUCAACGAUCACAUGAGAGCAGGUAUGCAGGCGUUCUAUCAGGUUUCUCUUUGUGGGAGUAACACUACACCCAAAGCACCCUCUGGCCAUGAGAGACAUUACUACAUCGCUGCAGAGGAACAUCUUUGGGACUAUGCUCCCUCAGGGAAAAACUUAUUAACCGAUAAACCAUUGAAUGUAACAAACAGUGACUCCGAACAAUUCUUUACUAAUAAGGGGGGUAAGCUGGGUGGAAGGUACUGGAAGGCCAGAUAUGUUCGGUAUAAUGACAACACGUUUAAAAACAAGCUAUCGCAACACGGCUCAGAACAACACCUUGGCAUUUUGGGUCCAGUCAUCAGGGCAGAAUCUGGAGAUGUCAUUGUGGUAACAUUUAAAAAUAUGGCUAAACGUGCCUUCAGUAUGCAGCCUCAUGGCCUACAUUAUGAUAAAGCUUAUGAAGGAGCAACAUAUCAGGAUGGUUCUCAGAAAGAUGGGGCCAGUGUGGCUCCAGGCCAGACAUUCAUCUAUCGCUGGAUUGUGACAGAAGGUCCCUCACUCAGUGAUCCACCCUGCUUGUCAUAUUUGUAUUACUCUGGGACUGAUCCUGUCAAGGAUACCAACUCUGGCUUGGUGGGACCCUUACAAGUGUGCAAAAAAGGAGUUCUGGAUGAGAGUGGUCGACAGCAUUCAGGGUCAGAGGUGCAAAAGGAGUUUUUCCUGCUCUUCUCAGUGAUGGAUGAGAAUGAAAGCUGGUAUCUGAACCAGAACAUUGAACAGUUUGGAAGCAUUGAGAAAGACAGAAAUGAUGAAGGAUUUCAGGAGAGCAAUAAAAUGCACUCGGUGAAUGGUUUCAUGUAUGGGAACCUUCCUGGGCUGGAUUUGUGUGAAGGGGACCAUGUUGUGUGGCACACGUUGGGCUUGGGCACAGAGGUGGAUCUCCAUGGUGUUUAUUUCCAGGGCAAUACAUUUCAGCGGGAUGGCACCACACGUGAUACACUCAGUCUGUUCCCUCACACUAGUGUCACAGUUUCAAUGAUACCCGACAAUGAUGGUACUUUUGAGCUGAGCUGUCUUACAACUGAUCACCAUCGUGGGGGCAUGCGUCAUAUAUACACAGUCAAGCAAUGCUCACAGAGCCAGAACCCCAUGUCCAAAGUCACGACCUCUCGGCCUGAUAGGAUGUUCUAUUUAGCUGCAGAAGAAGUGGUGUGGAACUAUGCCCCAAACCGGACAUGGGAGUUGGAGACACAUAAUGCUGCUUUGGAGGAGAGUCCUGGAAGUGUUUACCUCAGCAAAUCAGAAAGUCUGAUUGGCCCUGAAUACAAGAAGGUGGUGUUCCGCCAGUACACAGAUGAUACCUUCGCAAACAGGAUGGUCAGGGGUCCUGAUGAAGAGCAUUUAGGAAUUCUGGGUCCCAUCCUCAGAAUGGAGGUUGGUGAGAGGAUUCAGGUAGUGUUCAAGAACAAAGCUAAUGGAUCAUUCUCAGUUCAUGCUCAUGGUGUGAAGACCAGCGAGGCUCACCUGACACCUGUUUCCCAAGGUGAAGUGAUGAGAUAUAAUUGGACUGUCAGUGCCGGUCCUGGUCUAGCUGAGCCCAACUGCAUAACCUUUGCCUACUACUCAUCAGCUAACUUUGUCAAGGACUUGGCAAGUGGUUUGGUUGGGCCUUUGGUGGUAUGUCGUGAAGGGAUUCUGACAAAGGACAACCGGCGAAGGGAUGUAGAUAAAGACUUUGCUCUGCUCUUCAUGGUGUUUGAUGAGAAUGAGUCCUGGUACCUGGAGGAGAACAUCAGAACUUACCUGCAAAAAGACCCUAAGACUUUCAAUGCAGAUGAUGAACAGUUUAUGGAAAGCAACUUGAUGCACGGCAUUAAUGGAAAGCUCUACGCUAACCUGCAUGGUUUGAAUAUGAAGAAAGGAGAUCGCACUGAGUGGUAUCUAAUAGGACUGGGGAAUGAAAUAGAUCUGCACACAGUACACUUCCAUGCUCAGAGCUUCGUAUACAAGAUGGACCACGCCCACAGAGCUGAUGUAUAUGACUUGUUCCCUGGAACCUUUCAGACUGUGGAACUGGUAGCAGGAACUCCUGGAACAUGGCUCCUCCACUGUCAUGUGACAGACCACAUCCAUGCAGGCAUGGAGACCACCUUCACCAUCUUCAAUGCAGAAUCCAAGCACACGACACCUGAAAAUGGUUUCAUGUGUCUGGAGUGCUGUUGGAAAACACUGCUAUUCAUCGCAGUGGCCUCCCGGCUCCUGUGACCUAACCAGAUGCAGAAACGGACGUGGUUAUAAGCAGAAUCUGCCCUUACUGCAGCUUUACUGGCAACUACUGGAAGGCAGGAAUGGAAACACUACUGCUGAGAAAAACAUGCACUAAACAUGAAGUGAAUAAACACCAGGAACAGUCCAUCAGUGCUUUUUGGAAGCUUCUUUAAAGUAGUAGCCACUGACCAGAGAGUUUAUAGUGUCCUUGUACCUAAGGCUUAAGCAUCAAGCUUAUUUUUUCAUUAUCUGGGCUGAAGAGGACUACAAGCAUUAUAGGAAUAAUCAUUAGCAGACUAAGUGAUUUUGAUAGAUUUAAGACAGACCUGCAAGUAUUAAGUAGAAUUUUUAUUGUGAAUAAAUGUAUACUAUGUAUUGUCACAUACACUGAAAUAAGUUAAAGAGAAAAGAUUGAUGUGAACUUGAGUGUAAACUCCACAGUAAAUUUACUCACACUAAAUAUAAAUGAACAACUGGUGAGAGGGCUUAGCCUUCACAAAAAUAGUGAAUAAAAAGUCCCUAGUGGUGGCAGUCUAACUUCAGCUUUCUUUUAGAUAUUUAUCAGUGUUUAAAUUUUUUUUUACAUUUUGUUUUCACAGCAUGCUGUUAUUCUUAGACCGCUGAUCAAAUUUGCUCAUUUUGUUAAUGAUUGCAUUUUCAUUGUGCCUUGCGAUAAUGUUUUGUUUAAUAUUUCUGCACUUUAAAUUACUAUUGAAAUUUAAGAACUACAUGUUUAAAUGAGAAUAUAAAGUUUAUAAAUACUAUAA